CAACAAAUCAGAACACAAGCUUCUCAUCAUGUUGUUGACACGCUUAGUCAUCUGGCGCAGCGCUUCGCUAAUCAUUUUAUGCCAAAAUCUGUACGUGGUAGUGAAAGUGAUGCGAAUAAAUUAGAAGCGCCUCCUAAUAUAUCAAUUUUCUGGAGUAUUUUAAGAAGCAUUAAUGCUUCCAAUCCUGAGCAGAUGCUCCGAAGUGGGACAAAGCCCGAAAUUUUUUCUGAGCUUGCUGCUGAAACACUUGAAGCGUCUCCUUUUGCAUUUGUUGUUAAAUUUGUUCAUUCACAGAUGCCAAAUGUUGCUGACAAAGUAAUUCGAAUAACGUCUUUGCUCUCACAACGAUUGCCAGGAAAUUUUUGCGAAAAGGUUCCUGAUGAAACAAGAAAAUGGAUUGGACAGGAAAUGAAUGCUCUCACUAAUAUUCUGUUGGAAAGGUCUACAAAUGAAGCACUUCGGGAUGGACGUGCUCUAAUUGCGCAAUUACUCAGUGUUUUUCCUGAUGAGAAAGCUUCUAUUAUGGAAACUCUUCAUGAAUGUAUUCUUAAAAGCGGUGAUCAACUUCGUGAACAGUUGGGCGUUUUGCAAAAUCAAAUGAACGAGGUAAACAAAUCGAAAAAUGUUGUGGAUUAG